UGCUGUAUUAAGAAAACUCUACCAGAAUAAGAAGGUGGCCAAUGCCACACACAACAUGUAUGCAUACCGAUUCAUCCCCGAAGGCUCUUCUAACCUACAUCAAGAUUGUGAAGAUGAUGGUGAGGACCAUGCUGGUGGACGGAUGCUGCACCUUCUUCAAAUUGUGGGUGCACAGAAUGUCCUAGUUGUGGUCACUAGGUGGUAUGGGGGCAUCCAUCUGGGGCCUGACAGGUUCAGGCAUAUAAACAACGCUGCAAGACAGAUCCUUGAAAAUUGUGGUUAUAUAAUACAUCAAGAGAGUACCAAGAAAAAUAAAAGAAAAUAGCA